GACAGAGAGAGAGAGAGAGCAGCGAGUGAAGCAGUCAGUGACGUCACAGCCACGGUCAGCACGUCACAACUGGACAACGAUGAAGCUUCUUCUGCUCGUGAGUUUCCUGAGUCUGUGGAGAAGAAGCGAUGGAACCGGUGCAGCCUUCAUCAAUAUGCUGGUGAAAGAAGGGGAUGACGCCAUUUUACCAUGUUCCUUAAGCAGCAACAAGAACAUCAGGCAGGAGCUCUUCGACUGGAAGAAGGACAAGAAGAACAAGAAGAACAUGAAGGAGGUGUUCAUGUACGAUAAGGGAAAAGUUUACGAUAAGGGAGAUUCACGUCAGGACGAGCAGUUCAGAGGUCGCGUCUUUCAUUUCCCAGAACUUCUGGUCGUGGGUAACGCCUCCAUCAUCAUCAGAGACACCAAGUUGACUGACAGUGGAAGCUACACCUGUGAUUUUCCACGUUAUCUUCCAAUCAGACGAUCGAACGUUGUGCUCGUCAUCGGAGCUGCUCCAAAACCAUCUGCCACAAUACUCGAAGGAACAACUGACUGGGCUCUGCUGAGGUGUGAGGUUCUUGAGGCGUUUCCAAAACCUGAUGUCCAGUGGCAGAACAGAGCUGGACACAUUGUUCCUGCUGAAGAACCUCAGGUCUCUGAAAGAGGAGGCAGCUACGACAUCAUCCUCCAAACGACUGUGACCAAGACCGACCACUAUCGCUGUGUCUCCACUCAGGAGGAGAUCAACCACCAGACUCAUGCUGAGAUCUUUGUGCACCUGAACGGAGUUACUCCAAAACCUGUCAUCGUAAUACUUGAUGAAACAACGGAAGGAGUUCAGCUGCAGUGUUCUGUUCGAGGUGCGUCUCCAAAACCUAAAGUCUAUUGGCAGAACAGUGUUGGAGACAUUGUUCCUGCUGAAGAACCUCAGGAGAAUGAAAGAGAAGGCAGAUACGACAUCAUCCUCCAAACGACUGUGACCAAGAAAGAUCACUAUCGCUGUGUCUCCACUCAGGAGGAGAUCGAGAAUCUUGCUGAGACGUUUGUACCUGUCCAUGACGCUGGAGGGACGGUUCCUGUUUGGGUUGCUGCGGUUUGCUUUGUUGUCGGUGUUGUUGUCGGUGUUGUUGCUGUUGCUGUUUACCUUGAGUGUAAAAAGAAAACUCACUCAGCAGUAGCUGAAGAAGAUAAAGCCGCAGCCGUUUCCUCUGGAAAGACCGGCUGGAGACGGCCCUGGAGUCAGGACACAGCUUCUAUGACGUCAUGUUCUGACAUCUCAGUGUCGUCAUGAUGACAUCAUUCCUGCCACAUGAUCAUUAAUGACUUUUCAAUAUAUGUAUAUAAAUGCUUCAGGUCGUAUCUAUCGUCCUAUAGGAUGCAGAGACUGUUGAAUGAUGCAUGAAGUCAGUUUCUGAGCUUUUCUUCAGAAACUGAAAUGAAACUGUGACAUCACAUCCUGGACCCGUAGUUUGAAAGAGACACAGGAUGUAACUGACUGCUGACCUGUUCGGUUAUGCAGAUUGUUUGAUUUAUUAUUUGUGUUGGGUUUAUUUUGUUAUUUGUUUAAGUUUUUUUUGUUUUAAAUUAGUAAUUUGUUGUCCUUUUUAACAUAGCAACUCACCUUGCGUAAAUGCCUGUAGCUUUCACGGAGCGACCGAUAUGAUAAACCCACAAAAUCCCUCUCUUCCGGUCCGAGCCUGAUAUAAAACACUCACUGUGCAGCUGAGUCUUGAUGACAGCAGCUGUACAGCGAGUCCCAAUCAUACGGACGUAUUAAUCCUGGUUCACCAGCCCUCGGCGAGCGGAGUGAGGUAUGAAGCAGCUUUAAUUCCCUUUGCUACAGGCAGCGUGGAGUGGGAGUGGCUAUGUCUCAGCGUUAGUCGAUCUUUGUUUAUGGUGACGUCACACAGCGGGUGAGUCGGGUUCAUGUGAAUGUGCUUCAGUGUUACUUUGCAUUAACCCGUCAAACUUUUCUCAGGUGUUAUUUUUUGUGGUUGACUUGAUGUUUAGGUAUUUUUAUAAUUUGUCUUUUGUUAACUGAUUAUGUUGUACUUGUUAUCUUUUUACGGUGUUUCUACAACGCCACAAUGAGUUUGUGUUACACAGGAUGUUUCUCUCUGUUCAUCCAUCUCUCUGCUUCUGGUUCAUGAAGGAAUAAACAUUCAAAGUUUCAUAAAACCCACUGUGGGAAUGUUCCAGUUCUAAUCAACAGUCGACCUUUGACCUGAAUCAUAUUCUGCUUUGAUUUCAUUCAUGUUUUUUAUUCUUAACCAACUCAAAUAAAUGAACUUUAUAUGAAAA